AUGCCGAACAAGACUCCCGUAAACUCGUACCGCCGAUUAACCACUACUAAGGUCCGUGGCGUCGCCUCACGAGAUCAGUUUGAUGGGACGCCAGGCCCCACAAGUCUCGAUACUGCUGUCAUAAGCCGUAUUUACGUUAGUUUCGCAGCUCACAUCACGGCGCUGGAGGUCCAUUAUGAAAAGGGUAGCGUCGACAAGAUUACGCAUGGAACGCCUAGCGGCGAUAGGCAAGAGAUUAUUUUACAACCUUACGAACUCAUUACCGCUAUUGAAGGAAGCUGGACAGGAGGAAUCAUCAACCAUCUUACUUUCACUACCAACAAGCGAACAUUUGGCCCUUUUGGGGAAAGAAAGGGAGAGUUCUUUCAAUGGGAUGCUGGUGCAAAGGUUCCGUCGGACGUUGCCCCUCGGAUGGGGCUGCUGGCCUUUCGUGGAACCUACUCAGGUCAAAUCACCUCACUCCAAGCUACCUUCGCCGAAUUUGACCAUCCCCACAGUACGGUCAGGUAUGAGAGGCUACCGACUUUUGCUAAUGCGAAGUCUCCAUCCGGUUCAUCUUGUCUCCCAAGCUUCAUAGUGCAUCUCAUGAGCCCAGUCAUUACUCUCUUGGCCGGCCCAGAGCCUAUAUCACUGCAUGUACAUGAGGCCAUCCUUUGCCGUCUUCCCUUCUUCCGAGCAGCUCUCAAAGGGGAGUUCAAGGAGGCUUCCGAGAAGGUGGUGAAAAUGCCCGAAGACGACGCAACGUCCGUUGCCGCUUUGAUUGAGUUCUUAUCCUCGGGCGGCUACACGUAUGCCUAUAACCCAGAUAAUACCAGGUUCCGCGAUGGAAAAUCUCUCGUUCCCAUUGCGGACUUGGCGCAAGGGCUAUUCCACGUGAGCGUAUACGCAGCUGCCUCGAAGUACGACUGUCCAAAGCUCGUCGAUGAAGCUAUGAAAAAUUUCCGGGUGGUAGUCGGAGAUCUUGAGGGGAUCGAUAAUCUUCGAUUGUGGCAAGCAGCAUAUGGGGUAGGGUUAACCAUGUGGGCCUGGGGAACAGAUGAGGGCCCAACGAAGUUCAAUGAGGGGCUAACGAAAUGGGCUGCAACGCUCUCAGAGAAGCAUCGGGAGGAGAUGGAAAGGAUUAUGGGUGACUGUCCUGCUUUGGCUUGUGAUUUGCUUGGAUUUCAAACACCGGUGAUAGGGAGUGAGUCUUAA